AUGGAGGAGGACCAAGGGGCACACAAGGGGCUAGGGAGAAAGGAGCGCUUCCUGAGUGUGGAAGAUGUGCACAGCACUGAACAGGCUGCAGGAGGGAAGCUGGGGCACCGGCCCUGCGCCGGGCAUCCGGCCGUCCGUGGGGUGACCAUCACCUCUCCUGCUGUGGCCAGGAGCAGGACUCCACAGGCCAGCACCUCCAUCGUCCAUGCGAGGCAGGCAGAGUCCAGGCCUGGGCAUGGGAGACGCGAGGUGUGGCGGGAGUCGGGCAGCCGCCUUGCCGUGGGCUGGGGCAUCGUGGGCGUCGCCGGGUUCCCGGGGCGCUGGCCUGCGGCUGUGAGCGAGGGCGUCGCCCGGAGGCGGCGGGCGCGGGGCCGUUGGGGGGCGGCUGGGUCCCCGUCCCCGCCGGCCGCGCCGGGUCGCGAGUGGGCGCGGUGGGCGCGAUUGGCUGGCGGGCGCGCGCGCGGCGGGGCGGGCAGCCGCGACUCUUACUGCUUCUCCAUCUCCAGGAAGAGCACCGAGGUCAAUUUCGCUUGUAUUCUAGCGGUCUCCAACACCACCUCCCUGCUAGAACCAGCAAUCUUAUCAGAAGACAGUAAAGUGGAUGACGUGAUCCAGGAUCUGUAUGCGACGGGGGAAAACGGAACCCAGAUCCACUACAAUCAGGUGUGUGCCAAGCACCAGGGUCUCUGCCUGCCUUCCAACCCACUCCUGUAUGCCUGGCAGAUGAACAGGGACCUCGACCUGAGAAAUGUCACUUUCCCAAUCUACAACCACACCUGUCAGCCCAUCUACCUGGCUGGCACCAUUGGAGGAACCUUCUUAGGUGAGAGGAUGGGAAUGAACCAGUUACUCCUGGAAGCCAAAGCCCUGAGGCUGGUCUACUACCUGAAAACUGAGGAUGGAGAGGACAACGAACGUGGUGGUCUACUUUACAUCAAUUUCUACACAACGGAACUUGAAGCAACUUUGAUGACAGUGAUCCCUCUGUUUCACUUGGCAUACCUUCUAAUCAUAUUAUUUGCAAUCCUAUCAUGCUACAGGUAAAAUGGUUUCAUUGUUUCUUAACUCUUUUUAACAGAUAUUUUGGGUGGCAAAAUACAUAUAAUUGAUAUAAAAUAUGCCAU